GAUACUGGAAAAGGGCUUGAAAGAACCCUUACGCUAACUAAUGGUGUCACUAUAAUUGUCGGAUGCAUCAUAGGAUCGGGCAUUUUUGUGGGUCCUACAGGAAUCCAAGAAGCUGCUGGCUCUGUUGGAGCCUCACUUAUUAUGUGGAUUCUUUGUGGUGUUUGGUGUGGUCUCGGUGCAUACCUGUACGCUGAGCUGGGAACUCUGAUUACCAAAUCUGGAGGAGAUUACGCUUACAUUAUGGAGGCAUUUGGCCCGUUUAUAGCUUUUCUUCGUCUCUGGAUAGAAGCCAUUGUCGUGAGGUGA